AUGGGAGGAACACCCUCAAAGAAGAAAUUUAAAGUAAAACAUGGCCUUACCAAUAAUUUAAAAACAAAGUCGAUUAUUGGAAGCAGAGAAGAACUCUCAUCUUGUAAGUGUCGAAAUUCUUUGGCAAUUUGAGGCAGUGUUGACAUAAGCGUUCUUGUCACAAUGUUAAAUUACAAGAACAAGUUUUCUCUGUAUCAUGUUUAUUUUAUGAGAAAGGAUUUUGCGACAGGAAAUGAUAGACUUAGAGUGAUUUAAAAGAUGGAAUCCUCCAAGAGUAUGAUUUGGGGUAAUUUUUCCAUGUCGCAUUGGCAUGGAAAGAUGAAAAAAUACAUUAUUCUGUGGUCUUCUAACGGUCUUCAAGCGCCCGCAAUACUUGCCCUUUUUUUAUUUGUGGCCGUAGACAGUCACAAGUUCUGGUUAAAUAUUUGUUGAUAAAACCGGAGUAUGUAUCGUUGUCAUCAUUCUCUAUCGCUAAUUUAUUUUUACAGGGGAAAAUCUCGGCUUCAAAUACUUUCAAGAAAAAAUGGGAGAAGAGUUAUUUCAGCAAAAAAUGAAAGAAGCGGACGAAGUAAGUACAGAAUAAUAUCCGAUUAUUUUUGUCCCGACCCCAUGACCAAUAUUUUUAUUAACACUCGCGGGUCAUAUUGUCAUUGUUAACCCAUUAGCUUGUAUUGAGAUUUUUAAAAUGAGUACCGAAAAAAGGUCACUUUUUCGAGUUUUGUUAUGCGCUACAGUUAAGGAAUCCGCAUCAUUUCCUUCUCUGACGUACACAAUGGAAAAACUGGCAAUCCCUAGAUCGUUAUAGAACAGAGAGAAAAUGUAGGCUUUCCCAAUGGUAGCUAAUGGGUAAUCACUAGUUAUUGUACCAAUCCAAAAGACACUUUUUUUCCCUUCACGUUAACAUACCUGUUUUAUGUGUUUUUCACGGUCAUUAAAAUCCAUUCUUUCUGCAGCCACCACCUAAACCUGGUAACUUCAGCGCAUCUCAAAUGGCCCGUUACGUGGCUAAAUUCAAAACUGCAUUUGCUUUAAAAGCACUUGUAACCCGUCAGCGCGGAACUCACCCCAGAGGUGUGGGGGCUAUUGGAACAGCAACAGUAUGCGACAACCCUCUCCUCCCCGAACACGAAUUUUUCGAGACCGGACGAGUGUUUCCAUUGCGUCUCCGACAUUCUAAUCUUGCCAGACCCGAUGACACUCAGCUGGACGUGAGGGCGGUGUCUUUGAAGUUUGCUGACACUGACUUUGAGUCGCCGUUUGAUCUAAUGAUGCAUACUGGCGAAGAGGCGGCUUUCUGGAACAUUUACAGUUUUGACAAGAUGAUUACAGCACUGACCGGAGGCCCUAAGACGUUUAAAGCUUUCUGUCUUGAGGAUCCUUGGCAGUAAGUGUUUAUUUUUGUUUUUUUCUUUUCUCUUUUGUAAUUUCUGCCAGCUCACUUAGCCUUCUCUAAUUCAGAUGGAGUAGUCUGGGAAAACAGUCGAUCUCCUACCCAGAUUCCUUAGACUUCUUGUUAAGCGGGAGGCAGCAGCUGUUUCCUCGAAGGAAGCUAAAUAAAAAUGAAGCUUCUGACAUUCUUGUUAGGACCAGUAGUAUAUGGCAGCGGUUAUCACGUUUUCCAGCCAAAAUGACGCUGGGUUCACACGUGCGCACUGCUUAGUAUUCAGUGGCGGAAACUCGUCCUCGUCUUAGAAUCCAAACGUUUUUAAUACCUUGGGGCUCUUUUAACUUCACACUGAUAGUAAAUCUCUCUAAAGUGUAGUCUCUACUGCUUUGUCUUAUGGUCAAAGGAUUUUGAAAGCCGCAUCUGCUUAUGUUUAAUGACGUGAUCAAUCGUAAGUCUUUUAGCCAUGUAAUACCCGCUAUUAUUAUAUGGCUGAAUCCGCGAGCGGGCAAUAUGAAGCGAAUAUUAAUUUGAAAAUUGUAAAAUCGAUGCUGUUCAAGAGUCUUAACCCUGAAGAAGGCAGCAUUGCCGAAACGUCGGUCAAGACUCUUCAUGAACAGCGUCGAUUUUACAAUUAAGUAGCUAUGCUGCGCAAGGAAUUUAAUCUUUAUUUUACAAUAUGAAGCGAAUCCUGCUUUCUGAUUGGCUACACGAGCGGGCACGAUGGGCCCAUCUUACCUGCUCUGGAUUUCCCGCAUUGGUCCCGAAAGAAAAAGUUAUCUUUUUAGCCAUAUAAAUCCCUUAUUGGUCAAGCUUGCUCGGUCAAGAUGGCUAAAUAUUAGCCUCGUUCUUUUUAUGCAUUUUACUGACCUCGACUUCGUUUCUGUCAAUAAAAACGCAAAAAAGAACUUGGCCAAAUUGACCUCACGCUUGGUCAAUAACGCAUUUAUAAAUCUUUAAAAUUUCUCUCUGCAGCUUUUACCUGUCUAUAGCUGUGUUCCGUCGCGCUCCGGACUCAUUCACGGAUCAGCGGUAUUACUCGUGGAUGGCUUAUGAAUACAAAGCAAAAGAUGGCAAGCUGCGUUACGCCAAAUUUCGCCUCGUUCCCCAAGAUGGCAGAGCAGAGACUGGUCUAUUAACAGAAUUUGACCAAAGAAAACCAUGGUAAGUAGUGUGCGCAACAAACUCAGCCAGUUCUUGUUUUAUGAGGCGCCAGAAAUUGACGGUGAAAUAGGUCGGGAUCACCGGAGCGCUUGCCGGUAAAAGCAGGAAGGGAGGGGACAGAAAAGUAAAGACCUUUCACGAUCCCAUGGCACUACCCUUUCCCUAGCCAAUUAACAACGCCCAAAGAGAGAACCAAGGUAACUCAAAAUCAAUUAUGUCGAAUUUCCUCUAUAGCUCUUCCUUCGUUUUAGAGUAUAUAAGUUUUUUCGGAGCGCAGAUGAUCUGUGUUAACACAUUAUCUUUCUCUAACAGUCCUUUGAAUGUAUUCUGUCAGUCCAAACUUUUGUAGCGUUCGCGUGGAUGGAUGCGCCUUUUUUACUGGACGGAAAUAAGAGAGAAUCGUUAUUUUCUCUUACUGGUGACAAGUCUCUGCGAACAACCACUCUGCACUUGCAGCUCGGGUGACAUGUUUUUGCGUUUGGUGAUGGGACAUGUCGCUUUCGUGCGUGAUAAGGAAUUGUUGUCGUUUUAGAGUUUUGACGCCGCGAAAAGGCGCAUAAAAUGAAACGAGUUUGAAUUAUUUGCGCGGCUUGUGGCGGCGAUUUUUACCACCAUUCUCCAUGUUAAGGGAAGUGUUUUUCUCCCGUGCGACGCGUUGCAGCGAAUCGUUACCUUAUCUGUCUUCUUAAAGAAUUUGUUGUUACAUUCAAUUAUUAUAUUUACUUCAGGGAGCCUGCAAGAUGGGAGGAUGAAAAACGUCCUGAAAGUUACCUCAUCCCUGAAUUUAAAGAGCGCUUAUCGGAAGCCCCCAUUGAAUACAAACUCCAGAUACAAUUACAUGAAGUAAGUCCUGAUGAUUCGCACCUAAUUCUUCACCCUUCAAGAGUAUGGGACCAUGACAACCAUCCGUGGUUGGAUUUAGCUCUCGUCACCAUGACGUCACUUUUAUCUGUUGCUGUAGUUGAGCGAACUCGUUGUUCACUUGACAACCACCCUUCCACAAUUAGCAUUCCUCCGGCACAGACUAUCUACGACUACAAUUCUAUUGCAUAUCUGCGGUCUAAAGUCUAUUCCUCCUCAAAUAAAAUGAGCUCAAACAAGCCAAGAUCAGAGGUUUGCAAACAACAUGCUUGUGAAGGAGCAAGGUACAGUGUACGAGUGCGGACUGGAAAUCGAAAAGGGGCCGGGACAGAUGCUAAAGUGUCGCUGACAAUAACAGGUGAGAUAACUUAUAAGACAUAUUUUGAAUCUAUGAUGUAAAAAUUGUUUCACGUUUAUGGCAAGAAAUCAAACGUAAAUGCCGCUUAAUACGAAAUGAAAUACACUUUAUUAUCAAGAUGGAAGGGGACAUGGGGGUUUACGGUAUUGCGGUAUUGAUUCUUUUUUUUAAGCAGUAUUUCGGUACAUGAUUUUAUUGUGCGAUGUUGCGGUAUCAUCUAGGCUUGCGGUAUGCGGGUUUUCAUGUUUUUGGCUAACGGUAUUCGGUAAAAGAAGAUCCUUCUCGGCAUUGUGGUACUGUUCAUUUGCGCUCUCCUGUCUAAUACAGGUCAAUAUUUUGAAGACUUAAAACUUGGUAAAUGAUUACAGUUAAUUAAUAGUUACAGUUAAUUGACCGGGCUUUUCGAUCGUACGCGUUAUACCGAUGUACUUAAGGUCUUCUCACGUUUUCUCGCAAUGGCUGCGGUUAAUUACUAGUACAUACAAUGGUGCAUACAUGCAUGAGAAACAAACAGUCGAGAUGGAUACAAAUUAAAGUAAGCGUCACCAAUCGUAAAUUCGGUAUCGGUAUUUCGUUGAUUUUCGAAACGGUAUUUCGGUUUUUCAUAAUUUUUCUUACAGAAUUGCGGUAUUGAGUACCCCCAAUGUCCCCCUCAAGAUGCCUGGAUAUUGGCUAAAGUCCGAGAUCAAUUACCCUGGGUACCAGAGGCUUUUCUCGCGUACGGCGGGAAUUUUCGGUGUGGGCCGAAGGCCGACACAUCUUCGGCCGUAGGCCGAAACCACGAGCGGCGACGGGAAUUUCGCGCGGGUCACUAUAAAGACUUAACAGACACCGGUAACCGCGCUAGAAAAGUCUCUGGCACCCAGGUUAGAGAUCAAUAAAAACGCACAAAAAAACAAGGCCAACAUUCAGCCAUUUUAACCUCACGCUUGGUCAAUAGAGGAUUUAUUACAUGGCCAAGAGAACCAUUUUUUCUUGCGGCUAAGAUACACCAAUCACAACACACGAUUGGCUUCGAUUCAUUUACCCGCUCGCGGAAGCAUUUAUAGAAUAAACUUUUUUUAUUGCAAUUCAAUUUUCUUACAGGAUAUCGACUCUUUCAAGACAACAAUCCCAGCAGGAUUAUAUUCCGGCAUCGCAAAAUCUCGUCUAUAUAAUCCCGUUCCGACUCAAAAACCCCUCUGGGAAACCCCUUCAUAAGCGCCAGACAUCCUGCAAAACGACAAAUUGUCUUUAUUAGUAUAACAAAAUAAUUUUUUUUCUUCAAGGAACCAAGGGCAGAACAAAGCCUGCUGUAUUGGAUAAGUGGUUUCAUAACGAUUUCGAGAGGGGCCAAGAAGAUACUUACGUCAUCGAGGCGGACGAUGUUGGGGAACCAGUCAUGAUAAAACUGGAGAACGAUCAAGGUGGCAUUUUCCAUCGUUCUAGCGAUUGGUUUGUGGAUAAGGUGUUGAUAACUACCAGCUCCACAAUUCUAAAGGUUUACGAAUUUCCGUGUUACGCAUGGGUGAAGCGUGAGUCCGUUUUCUUUGAAGGAAAAGGUAUGUACAUAAGCUAGUCCGCUAGAGCAGGCGCCUUAUAACGGUUUUGUUUCACACGCCGUGAGUAAAAAGUGGACAGAAAAGGCGUCUUUUCUCCUAGGAUAGUGAAAGUUAGGCAAGUCCUAGAAUGUUAUAACAAUGCUAUGCUUUAAAUUGACACAGUCUGGCAGUCUUGAUCCUGACGUUAAUUUUAAUGCAGAUGAGACACCCCAUCGUUAUUCUGAUGCAGAUUUCUCUUUCCUACAUCUUAAUAUCCGUAGUCUUCCUCAUAAUUUAGUAAAACUGACUGAUUAUCUAUCAUGCUUAAACAUAAAAUUUUCUGUAAUCGGAAUUUCUGAGACCUGGCUAAACGAUUCUGCUCAUUCGGUCGAUAUUAAUGGAUUCAAAUUUCUGCACAAGUAUAGGCAAAAUAGAACUGGAGGUGGGGUAGGGCUUUAUAUUUCAAACGAUCUAGAGUUCAAACUUCGAGAAGAUUUGUCCCUCCAUAAUGUUGAUACUGUAGAAUCACUGUUCAUUGAAUUAAUAAGACCUCGAGAAAAAAAUAUAAUUGUUGGUAUUGUUUACAGACCGCCAAAUCAUAGACUCGACGAUUUCUUGUCUACAAACAAUGAGUUGUUAGGUAAUAUCUCUAGAGAAAACAAAAUAUGCUUCCUAAUGGGGGACUUUAAUAUUAAUUUAAUUAACUACCAAAAUCACCACCUCACAGGCCAAUUCUUAGAUGGAAUGUACUCUAAUAUGUUUUUUCCUUUGAUUACGCGUCCCUCGAGAAUUACUUCACAUACUGCUACGUUAAUAGAUAAUAUUUUUUCGAACAACUUUUUUGAACGUUCGAGAAGCGGCUUAUUAUUUACUGACAUUUCAGAUCAUCUACCCGUCUUCUCAAUUCAUUCAGAUAACGUUAACACGUCGGUAAAUCGAUGUCGACAAGACCCCUUCUUUAUUAGAGAUAAGAAUCCGAAUAAUAUUCCUACUUUUGUUGAAAAACUAGAAGUUGUUGAUUGGUCUUCGAUUAAAACUUGUGAUGAGCCAGAUAUUGCGUACAAACGCUUUCAUGAAAUGUAUACAAAGAUUUAUAACGAUUGCUUCCCUCUCAAGAAGGCGACUAGAAAGCAGAGGCGCUUUAAAAAACCGUGGUUAACGAAAGCUCUUCUUAAAUCAAUUAAAACAAAGAAUAAACUUUACAAAAAAUAUCUUCAAGUUCCAACAGUCGACAAUUGUUCACUCUACAAAAGAUAUAAGAACAAAUUGAAUCACACCUUGCGCUUGGCUAAGCGUCGGUAUUAUGAAAAGAAAUUGGAAGAUGCUAAAUCAAAUACACAUGCGACCUGGAAAAUUUUAAACGAAGUUUUAAACAGAAAAAAGCCAAGGCCUCAAUUAAAUACAAUAUUUAAGUCAGACGGUCAGGAGAUUUCUGAUCCAGUGGAAGUAGCAAAUAGGUUUUGUAGCUACUUCUCUAGUAUUGGUCCCAACCUCGCAAAGAAGAUACAGCCUCCUCCUUGUUCACAUAAAGAUUUUCUAUCUGGAUCAUUUCGAGAGUCAAUCUUUUUUAGCCCAACAACAGAGGAUGAAAUUAUUACCAUUGCUCAAUCUUUUGCUUCCGGGAAAGCGGCUGGAUACGAUAAUAUUCCAAUGUCUAUAAUUAAGGAAUCCAUUCAAAUCAUUUCGGGACCUCUGGCUCACAUUAUGAAUUUAUCGAUCGCUCAUGGCGUUGUACCAGAUCAAAUGAAAAUAGCUCGUGUGGUACCACUGUUUAAAGCUGAUGACCAGUCACUAUUCACCAACUAUAGGCCUGUCUCGGUUCUACCAAGCUUUUCAAAAUUUCUAGAGAGAAUCAUCUAUAAUCGCUUGUAUGAUUAUUUAACUAAUUUACAUAUUCUCUGUGAUAACCAGUUCGGCUUCAGGAAAAACCACUCUACGACGCUUGCCUUGAUUGAUUUGCAUGAAAAAAUUUCAUCUGCUAUUGAUCAUGGUGAAUUAGCGGUUGGUGUCUUUUUAGAUCUCUCGAAAGCUUUCGAUACAGUCAAUCAUUCCAUCUUAUUUGAUAAACUUGAACACUAUGGUAUACGUGGCUUGGCUCUCAAAUGGAUUAAGAGCUAUUUUUCCAACAGACUUCAAUUUGUAGAAUACAAUGGUUAUGUUUCGUAUCGUGCUAAUAUCAUGUGUGGCGUUCCCCAAGGUUCAAUACUAGGGCCUUUGUUUUUUCUGCUCUACAUCAACGAUAUAAUCAACACGUCAACAAUAUUACAACUGAUAUUAUUUGCUGAUGAUACAAACGUAUUUGUGUCUCACAAGGAUAAAGACUGCCUUACUAAUAUACUGAACGCUGAGCUAAAUAAGUUGUCAAUAUGGUUUAGAGCUAACAGGCUUUCAUUAAACUUGAAAAAAACCAAAUUCAUUGUAUUUAAACCAUCUCAAAAGCGUACAAAUCAAACUAUUCAACUUUUAAUUAAUAAUCAAAAAAUUGAUCAAGUAAAAGAAACAGUUUUCUUGGGAGUAAUCAUGGAUGAAAAUUUAAAUUGGAAAUCUGAAAUCUCACAUGUCGCCAAUAAAGUUUCUAAAUGCACAGGAAUUAUUCGUAAAUCCAGUUUCUAUUUAUCCACGAAAACCUUACGAACACUAUAUUUUUCUCUAGUCUAUCCAUACCUUUUUUAUUGCAACUUAGUUUGGGCCUCUACUUACAGAACUAACCUUAUUCGUCUUGAGAUUUUACAGAAACGAGUGAUCAGAACUAUAGCUAAAACAACUUUCGAUGCACAUACUGAUCCAAUCUUUCAAAAUCUUGGUAUCUUAAAAUUUCAUGAUAUAUACUUAAUACAACUAGGCUUAUUCAUGUACUCCUAUCAAAACCAUACUCUACCUUUAAAAUUUCAUUGUAAAUUUACCUUACAAAGUCAAAUUCAUUCGUAUAAUACAAGAAACUCGUGUAAAUUUCGUCUGCCUUUCUGUCGUACUCGAACCAAACAAUUUUCCGUUUUUUAUCAAGGACCUAAAUUUUACAACACCUUAAACACCAACAUCAUCAACGCUUCCUCACCUUUCUCCUUUAAAAGAGCACUUAAGGCAUUUAUUUGUAAUAAUUAUUAGUAUACUCCAACAAAAAUUUUGGGAAAAAGCCUUUUAAUAUUCAACAUUUGUAAACUUCCGUAAUAUUGAUUAGUUUAAUUUUUCACCUCAUAUUAUGUUGUAUCCGUCGCCGUAAUUUUUAUACUAUCUUCGAAAAAUUGUAAUUGAGGAGGCCUAAUUAACAUAAGCUCUAUAGGUUCUUUUAGGCCUCCUCGCCAUCUCUUCCUACAUUUUUUUCUUUUGGCAUCUUUUUGUAAUUAUCGUAAUCGUGUGGCAAAUAAAUAAAAUACCUAAAUACCGAUAACCAAUCCCACUAUUCCAAAUAACCAGGUUCAUUGUUGCGCAUUUCUUCGGUUAUUCGUCCACUAAGUCUUUCCAGCUUCAUAGCCAAGAACGCGGCGUUUAUUUAUUCAUAUUGGAUCAAUCCUAUAUUUUAAAAUUUUCUGGGUUACCAUGCGCCCAGACCUCCUAAUAAUGAGCCACUUUGGCCCUUAAUUGUCUUCUCGUGUUGUCACCUUCAAAAGCACCUGCUAAGCUCCGUACAGCACAAUAAGAAGUGCCAGUUCUAACCUCAUAUUUCUUCUUACAGCCAAACUGAUCACAGACGAACAACUCGAAGCAGUAAAGAAGCAGCGACACUUGGAGAUCCAACAUCGGCAAGAGGUUUACAAAUGGGGAGACGAUCCUAAUUUUAUGGGUCUCCCCGGAUACAUCAAGGCUGAAAGCGUAAGGAAGCUUCCCAAAGACAUUCGUUUUACUGAGGAAGCUAUUGAUGACUUAUACAGCGCCAAAAAGAAGGCACUUGUUAACCUCGGUCUGGUUAAAUUGCUGAAUGCUUUUGAAUCGUGGGAAAAUUUUCAUGAUUAUCGUAAGGUAAGCGGUGAGCAAAAUGUACGAAAGUUGAUAAUUUUUUUUUUUUUAAUUUUGGUAGACAAUGGGAAUUUAAGUUUGUGGCUUUUUAUCAACUGAUGGUACAAAACACUUUAACUCUUUGGUCCUGUUUAUUUGCCGGCCGUUUAAGACCUUAUUUGUAAAAUUUGACGAGCAAAUCUUUUUAUAAUAAACCAACUACAGUUUUAAGGGAAAAGUUUAAAAAUUCCUUUUCUAGGCAUUCGUCUCCUUCGUCGGCGACGUUCCACCAGCUGCCGAUCAAUGGCAGGAUGACACCUUCUACGGAUCGCAAUUUCUGAAUGGCUGUAAUCCAGAUACUAUCAAGCGAUGCACCGAGUUGCCAUCCAAGUUUCCAGUCACACAGGAGAUGGUCGGCAAUUUGCUGGACCAGGGAGAUACCCUCAAGAAGGCAAUGCAGGUAACUUUAUAUCAUGCUUUCCCAAAUUAAAUGUUGCAAUAUUAUUCUAGCUUGUACUAUGCUCAUACUUGUAGCUAACGCUGAAGGAGCAAGGUACAGUGUACGAGUGCGGACUGGAAAUCGAAAAGGGGCCGGGACAGAUGCUAAAGUGUCGCUGACAAUAACAGGUGAGAUAACUUAUAAGACAUAUUUUGAAUCUAUGAUGUAAAAAUUUUUUCACGUUUAUGGCAAGAAAUCAAACGUAAAUGCCGCUUAAUACGAAAUGAAAUACACGUUAUUAUCAAGAUGGAAGGGGACAUGGGGGUUUACGGUAUUGCGGUAUUGAUUCUUUUUUUAAGCAGUAUUUCGGUACAUGAUUUUAUUGUGCGAUGUUGCGGUAUCAUCUAGGCUUGCGGUAUGCGGGUUUUCAUGUUUUUGGCUAACGGUAUUGGGUAAAAGAAGAUCCUUCUCGGCAUUGUGGUACUGUUCAUUUGCGCUCUCCUGUCUAAUACAGGUCAAUAUUUUGAAGACUUAAAACUUGGUAAAUGAUUACAGUUAAUCUAUGCUGAAAUUGGUGGGGCAUCCAACAAUGACUGGGCUUUUCGAUCGUACGCGUUGUACCGAUCUACUUAAGGUCUUCUCACGUUUUCUCGCAAUGGCUGCGGUUAAUUACUAGUGCAUACAAUGGUGCAUACAUGCAUGAGAAACAAACAGUCGAGAUAGAUACAAAUUAAAGUAAGCGUGACCAAUCGUAAAUGCAGUAUCGGUAUUUCGGUUUUUCAUAAUUUUUCUUACAGAAUUGCGGUAUUGAGUACCCCCAAUGUCCCCCUCAAGAUGCCUGGAUAUUGGCUAAAGUCCGAGAUCAAUUGCCCUGGGUACCAGAGGCUUUUCUCGCGUACGGCGGGAAUUUUCGGUGUGGGCCGAAGACCGACACAUCUUCGGCCGUAGGCCGAAGCCAUGAGCGACGACGGGAAUUUCGCGCGGGUCACUAUAAAGACUUAACAGACACCGGUAACCGCGCUAGAAAAAUCUCUGGCACCCAGAUUAGAAAUCAAUAAAAACGCACAAAAAAACAAGGCCAACAUUCAGCCAUUUUAACCUCACGCUUGGUCAAUAGAGGAUUUAUUACAUGGCCAAGAGAACCAUUUUUUCUUGCGGCUAAGAUACACCAAUCACAACACACGAUUGGGUUCGAUUCAUUUACCCGCUUGCGGAAGCAUUUAUAGAAUAAACUUUUUUUAUUGCAAUUCAAUUUUCUUACCGGAUAUCGACUCUUUCAAGACAACAAUCCCAGCCGGAUUAUAUUCCGGCAUCGCAAACUCUCGCCUAUAUAAUCCCGUUCCGACUCAAAAACCCUUCUGGGAAACCCCUUCAUAAGCGCCAGACAUCCUGCAAAACGACAAAAUGUCUUUAUUAGUAUAACAAAAAUUUUUUUUUUCUUCAAGGAACCAAGGGCAGAACAAAGCCUGCUGUAUUGGAUAAGUGGUUUCAUAACGAUUUCGAGAGGGGCCAAGAAGAUACUUACGUCAUCGAAGCGGACGAUGUGGGAGAACCAGUCAUGAUAAAACUGGAGAACGAUCAAGGUGGCAUUUUCCAUCGUUCUAGCGAUUGGUUUGUGGAUAAGGUGUUGAUAACUACCAGCUCCACUAUUCUAAAGGUUUACGAAUUUCCGUGUUACGCAUGGGUGAAGCGUGAGUCCGUUUUCUUUGAAGGAAAAGGUAUGUACAUAAGCUAGUCCGCUACAGCAGGCGCCUUAUAACGGUUUUGUUUCACACGCCGUGUGUAAAAAGUGGACAGAAAAGGCGUCUUUUCUCCUAGGAUAGUGAAAGUUAGGCAAGUCCUGGAAUGUUAUAACAAUGCUAUGCUUUAAAUACCGAUAACCAAUCCCACUAUUCCAAAUAACCAGGUUCAUUGUUGCGCAUUUCUUCGGUUAUUCGUCCACUAAGUCUUUCCAGCUUCAUAGCCAAGAACGCGGCGUUUAUUUAUUCAUAUUGGAUCAAUCCUAUAUUUUAAAAUUUUCUGGGUUACCAUGCGCCCAGACCUCCUAAUAAUGAGCCACUUUGGCCCUUAAUUGUCUUCUCGUGUUGUCACCUUCAAAAGCACCUGCUAAGCUCCGUACAGCACAAUAAGAAGUGCCAGUUCUAACCUCAUAUUUCUUCUUACAGCCAAACUGAUCACAGACGAACAACUCGAAGCAGUAAAGAAGCAGCGACACUUGGAGAUCCAACAUCGGCAAGACGUUUACAAAUGGGGAGACGAUCCUAAUUUUAUGGGUCUCCCCGGAUACAUCAAGGCUGAAAGCGUAAGGAAGCUUCCCAAAGACAUUCGUUUUACUGAGGAAGCUAUUGAUGACUUAUACAGCGCCAAAAAGAAGGCACUUGUUAACCUCGGUCUGGUUAAAUUGCUGAAUGCUUUUGAAUCGUGGGAAAAUUUUCAUGAUUAUCGUAAGGUAAGCGGUGAGCAAAAUGUACGAAAGUUGAUAAUUUUUUUUUUUUAAUUUUGGUAGACAAUGGGAAUUUAACUUUGUGACUUUUUAUCAACUGAUGGUACAAAACACAUUAACUCUUUGGUCCUGUUUAUUUGCCGGCCGUUUAAGACGUUAUUUGUAAAAUUUGACGAGCAAAUCUUUUUAUAAUAAACCAACUACAGUUUUAAUGGAAAAGUUUAAAAAUUCCUUUUCUAGGCAUUCGUCUCCUUCGUCGGCGAGGUUCCACCAGCUGCCGAUCAAUGGCAGGAUGACACCUUCUACGGAUCGCAAUUUCUGAAUGGCUGUAAUCCAGAUACUAUCAAGCGAUGCACCGAGUUGCCAUCCAAGUUUCCAGUCACACAGGAGAUGGUCGGCAAUUUGCUGGACCAGGGAGAUACCCUCAAGAAGGCAAUGCAGGUAACUUUAUAUCAUGCUUUCCCAAAUUAAAUGUUGCAAUAUUAUUCUAGCUUGUACUAUGCUCAUACUUGUAGCUAACGCUAGCUACCUGCAGCAUUCAACUCCGUGAGACGCCAUCUUGAAGUGUUAAAGUAGCAGAAAUCAUGGAUGAAUAAAAAAGUUGAUUGAGGGUAAAGUGCAUCGGCAUAACUUUAACACGAAACACCUACGCACACGCGCAAAAUGAAUUUUACGGUAUAUUUUGGUAUAAAUCACAGGAAGCCUGCAUCACAUACUAAACUUGUGGUUGAAGUCGUCUGCAAGGCUGUAAGAGCCGAAAUCCUUGUUCUGGUCCCCAGGUGUUUACCAUGAUUGGAGAACGUGCCAUGUUUAGGAAUUCCAUCGUCGUUUUGCCAAUCGGAUUGAAGGGAAACUCGAAAUACAUUUCCGGUAAUUCAUUGAAUCCGUUAGAGACCCAGAACAAGGAUAUCGGCACUGCUUAUGGACGGACCAUUAGAAAACUUAUGGGUGGGUGGCGGGCGAAGUACAAAAAAAUAUUCCCGCAAGGGAAAAUCAAAUGAAAAAAAUUCAUGUACGCCAAUUAACCCUAAAAAAUAUUCAUGUCACGGCCUAAAAAAAAUUCAUACAAGGAAUAUGAUAACGAAAACAUAUUCCUGCGGCUCAAAAAUUCCUCAGCCCCCCUCACCCCCCCUCCCGUAACUUUUCUUUUUUUCCCUAACUGGGGUUAGAUUAAACGUCCGCGACGCAGGCUACACGUAACCCUUUAAACCCUAAUAUCAAAGUUGAGAUUCUCAUUUACUGUCCUAUACUUUUUCAAUAGAGGUAGUGGGGAGAAUUUGUUGAAGUAUCAAUUAGACUCAUCUUCCCUGAUCAUGUACUCAGUUCUCAUGACCACCCUGUUUUACAAAGCAUUGAUAUUACAAGGAGAAAUUUGAUGCUGAUCUCUUUUGGGGUUAUAAGGGUAAAAUAAGACUCCUCUCUAGGGGACUCAUUUGCGGACCUACAUUGGUUUCCUUGCAUUAUUUACAGAAUGGACGUGUCUACAUGGUUGACUUCAAGAUUCUCGAAGACAUUCCCCAUUACGGAGAAAAAGAUACUAAAGUAGAGAGGCGUUAUACCUGCGCGGCUAUGGGCCUGUUCUAUGUCAAGAGCACUGAAGAUAUAGUUCCCAUAGCAAUACAGUUACACCAGGUGCCUAGCGAGACCAAUCCAAUAUGGACCGCCAACGAUUCGGAACUGGACUGGACUUACGCAAAAAUGUGGCUCAAGAAUGCAGACUCGCAGUGGCAUCAGGUAAUGGCCUUCACGGGAACUAGUCACAACGCGCUUUUGCAUAGAUCGUUAAGUCUCUUUGAUAAGUUCUGUAUCCAUGACAAAAAUCAUGCUGAAAAGUAUAAUGUAGUUUUUACCAACUUGAAGUGAAACAUUGGUUUUGUGCCUGGCAGAAUUGAAUUUAAGAACUGAACGCUGAGAGUAUCUUCAUGGCUUUCGGUUUUGUGAAACAAUUUGUAGAAAAUAAUUAUUGGAUCAAUCAGCUCCUUAAAUUACUCGACAAGGUCCACAGUGUGCGUUUUCACUCACGUGGGCAGCAUCUAUACAAAUGUAUUGGAACAAAAGUAAGCGCUAACAUAAGAAAAGAGUUCAACCCCCCAUAGAACAGGAUUGACACUCCAACUUGGCGGACGUGACGUCAUGUGGAUAGCUAGGCUCUUUAGCAACUUCCCACUGUAUUUGCAGAUGAUCACGCAUCUUCUUCGAACACAUCUCUUUAUGGAGCCUGUUGCUGUUGCCUGCAGAAGACAGCUACCCUCUCUCCACCCUCUGUGGAAGUUACUAGCACCUCACGUGCGGGGAGUUAUGGCCAUUAAUACGCUGGGAAGAGAAAGGCUGAUUCCUGCCGGUGGUGUGGCCGACAACACGCUUAGCUUAGGAGGUGGAGGUAAAUCAAUGAGAGGGGGGUUUUUGUUACCCAUAUUAAAAGUAUCUACUUUACCAUAUAACGGUCUCAAAGCACAAAAAAAUCUGUGUAAUUGUUCUUGCUUACCUGAACUCGUUUUUAUACAAUGUCUCCUCCCCGCGAUAAUCUUGAGUUGACGGUGGGUAAUGUAAGUUGUACUUAUGAAAGGAAGUGUUCCCACAAAAGUAGGAUGUUACAUAGUUCACUAAAAAUGAGUGAUAGCUGAGACUGGGCAUGAUUAUUUAAAGACCCUGAGUAAAUGGCCUAACCCCCGGAAAUCAAACAUGCCACUUGGCGCUAAGCAGGCCAGCUUCCUCCCGCCUGAGGCAACCCUAAUCGUAGUCUUUCGGUGGUCUCUAGACCAAAUUUCUGACUUUAUCUUACUUUAUUCUUGUCGUAGGCCACAUUUUGCUGAUGAAGAAAUACUACAAGGACUUGAGUUGGUCAACCUAUGAUUUGCCCAAAGUCUUUAAACAAAGAGGGGUUCAUGAUGCAAAAAAAUUGCCUGGCUUCUACUACCGAGACGAUGCGCUCAGGCUAUGGCAGGCCAUCGGGGACUUUGUUACUAGCAUUUUAGCGAUUUAUUACCAUUCUGACAAAGACAUCCGAAAUGUAAGUUAUGCACCUUUCGGAUAUUUUAGUAGAUCAUACGCGCAGAUGGUAACUAUAUAUUUCGUAUUUAGUUCUAACUUAGGAGUCUGUGUAUGAAUUUAUGUGGUGUUACCAUUCAAAUGAAACCUCUUUAGCAGUACUUUCACAUGGUGCUAUUUAUUUAUUAUGUAGUUCUAACUUUUGAGUCUGUGGAUGAAAUCCUAUGGUGUUACCAUUCAAAUGAAACUUCUUGAGCAAUACUUUUACAUGGUGCUAUUUAUGUAGUUUGUAGUUCUACCUUUAGAGUCUGUGGAUGAAAUCCUAUGGUGUUACCAUUCAAAAGAAACUUCUUGAGCAAUACUUUUACAUGGUGCUAUUUAUGUAGUUUGUAGUUCUAACUUUUAAGUUUGUGAAUGAAAUUCUUUGAAACCCCAUAGGCAGUACUUUCACAUGGUGCUAUUUUUUUUUUUUUAGUAUGCAGUUCUUUUUCUUUCAGUCUAUGAACAAAUCCUAUGUUGGGACCAUUCAAAUGAGACUCUCCGACAGUAUUGAUUUUCAGUAUUUACGAACAAGUGAAUAAAGUAUUGUUUUUAUUUGCACGUUUGGGAGUUAAAGUAACCUGUCUCCUUUGCUAAUACGGUUGAGAUACAAGGUUGUCACGGCAAGCAGUCCGUGAAGUAAUGGAGAGCAAUUAUAUAGGUAUAAAACGUCAUGUGACCGAGUGCUGUCAACUUCUUUUCUAGAACGGGUCAAUUUAGGUUUUUGAGAAUCUUCCCACCUACCCCUCCCCUAAGCCAACAUUUUGCCCUAGGUGAGAAGUAAGAGUUAAGGUUAGCAAAGGGGAGGGGUAGGUGGGCAGCUUUCCAGAAGCCUAAAUUGAUCUAAUACUUCUUCCAGGACACGGAACUACAAGCGUGGAUUCGUGAUCUUCACGACAAUGGUUACCCAGUUAGAGAGGGUGAAGGCGACCACGGCUUCCCGUCUUCAGUCACCACCGCUGACCAACUAAGCCAUCUGCUGACCAUCAUCAUCUUCACAUGUUCUUGUCAGCAUGCAGCUGUUAACUUUUCGCAAAUGGAUACCUUUGGUUUCCCGCCAAAUGCUCCUGCCCUGAUGCGGCAACCGCCUCCAACUAAGAAGAAUAGUGUAACAAUGAAAGAAGUAAUGAAGUGUUUACCAACCAAGCACCAAGCUGGGGUUACCAUAGCAACAGUGUACGACUUGACACGCAUAUUUCCAGAUGAGGUAACUUGAAAGAACAUGAUUGGGAGUCAGAAAGGGAGGGGUGUGGGAGGAGUAAUGGCAUUAUGAAGAUGAUAUACUGACUGUACUGGUGGGUUAUGCAGAAAAUGACUUGAUGAUUGAAUAACUGAACGAAUACAAAUGGCUAAAAUUCAGCUCUCGAUUCGAAAUCCUGGACUUUCCAGUAUUCAAGAAAUAAAGUAAAUUUUAAAAAACGCAUUAAGCAAAGCUGAAUCUCGGGGGAUUUUACAUGCAAAUCAAACUCGUCUUGUUUUUUUUAGCGUUUUAAUUUUUUUUCAUUAUUCUUCUCCCAACAACAGCGUUUUCUAGGUGAUUAUUCCGACGGACUCUUCACAGACAUUGCUGCUUUAGAGGCCAUUCUCCGUUUCCAAGAAAAUAUCAGCAAUAUCUCCAAGUCAAUAAAAGAGCGAAAUAAAAAGCUGAAGAUCCCUUAUGUUUAUCUGCUCCCAGAGGGGACGCCUAACAGCAUCGCAAUCUAGGAUCCACAGUUGUAAAACUAGACAUAUACCGGCUUACAAAUAUAAAAGGCGUAUUUUUAUAAAGCCUUAGAAAACAGUCACUACUGGUUUUCCCGCGAAAAGACGGCUGAGAAACGAGAGCAGAAAUUCCGUACCGAUGAUAUGUGUCUACCAAGAUCUGGGUGGUGCUUUCGAUUUACUGAAGCAAACUUAACUUGCGGCACGACCAAUCAGAAGUACUACACAGGUCUGCAUGUGUAGUGACAAGUCAUCAGUGGAAUUUUUCGCGGGGAAGCCUUUGCUGGCGUCGCAAAAUGUCGGCUCUUUACUCAGGUUUAUUCUUAUAAACAAUAUCUAAAUUAUUUAUCAGUGGUAUUUAGCACUAAUGGCGUUAUUUGUGUUAUAUUAAACAGAGUUCAGGCUUAUUUUUAUUAAACACAUUUUUAAAUACAUUUUUAUUAAAUACGUCCUCUGCGUGGAGUGGAACAUAUCACAGUUUUUUUAUCAUUUGAAUUAACAUACAUUUUAAGAAUGAAAUAAUUUUUCAGAAAACUUGGCUUGAUUGACCUUAAUUCAAAAAUCAUCAUGGCUGCAAACUGGAAAGUAGUUUUCAAAAGCUGCUGACCGGAAGAAAUCUUUGAUCUGUAAUUUAAUUUGGCCAGAUUUGCAGUCAACAAAAAUUGGUGGUUAAAUACUUCUUUACGGAAGGAAAAAUUUAAACCGUGUUUACCCAAACGGCUUUACGUGAGAGAGUUUUAGAGAGAGAGAGAGUUUGAUGUGCAUAAAGCAAUAGUGAUUUCAAAUUGUUGCAUCAGUGUGACUAAUAUACUAAUCAGAACUUAAGGAUUUUAAAAUCCUCUUUACAAUGUACAACUUGCAGUCCACUUUGACUGUUCAUUGAAAGAUC